AUGGAAGUGCAAAGAGGUUUGAGGCGGUCGCGGUUGUUACUGUGGAGGUUGUGGCCGGCCUGGAGCUUUACACGACAUUCGGCGUCGGGCCCGGGCCUGGGCGCGAGGACUUACUCCCGGGGCGACGGCCAGUACUCGCGCACGGCGCUCUACGACCUGCUGGACGUCCCCACCACGGCCACGCAGGCGCAGAUCAAGGCCGCCUACUACCGGCAGAGCUUCCUCUACCACCCGGACCGCAACGCGGGGAGCGCCCAGGCCGCCGAGCGCUUCACGCGCAUCUCCCAGGCCUACGUGGUGCUGGGCAGUGCCACCCUCCGUCGCAAGUAUGACCGCGGUCUGCUCAGCGACGAGGACCUGCGCGGACCCGGCGUCCGGCCCUCCAGGCCGCCCACCGCGGACGCCGGCCCUCCCCGCCCCCCGCCGGCCGCCUCUCGGGCCCAAGACGGCGGUCGGGGCGCGCCGGGCGCCAACUGCACCAUGUUCAACUUCGACGCCUUCUACCAGGCGCACUACGGGGAACAGCUGGAGCGCGAGCGGCGCCUGCGGGCCCGGCGGGAGGCCCUUCGCAAGCAGCAGGAGGACCGGGCCAAGAAAGGCUUCCGGUGGGACGAGGUCCGAGACACUGCUUUCAUUGUCGUUCUCCUCACCAUCUUCGCUGUCGUCGGCUUCCGUAUUUAAUCGGAGAGAGGAGGGAAGGGGAGCUGCCCCAGCCAGCCCCGAGUAAACGGCCUUUCCUGUCUUCUGAACCCUGGGCCUGCCUCUGUCUACCUCUGCUGGGGUCUGAAGGAACUCCCUGCCCUCCCGACCUGCCCCGCUUAGCCGGUGACCUGCACGUCCCUCCCCUGCGCUCCAGAAAAGGCGGCUUUGUGAUGCCUAAGAAAGAGGCCCCAAGAUGAAGAGUCCCGAAAGCCCAGGAGUGAAGGGUUUUCUGGAAUCCCUUGGGUGCCUGCUUCCAGAGGUCGCCUUCCUGAUGUUGUCGACUUCUGGAACACUUGCUCUGGCUUUAUUGUAAAGCCCUGAGCAAGAUUUAUCUGCUCCUGUCCCACAUUUGUACUUUGGGGCUCCUCUGUAACCUUGAAACGUGCAAUGUGACCAAUUGUUGGCUGCCAAAAGAAAAAGUCUGGGGUUGUACGAAA